CGUAAAGCAUUUUCUUUCUUCUGAUUUACUGAUUACACUUUUUAGUUGAAAAAAUGGAGGUUCUUUCGCAGCAAUCAGUGUCCUCAACAUUGAAUCCCCACGCUCCAUUGUUCGUUCCUUUGGCAUAUCGGAUGGUCGAGGAUUUCUCCGAUCACUGGUGGGCUCUCGUCCAAUCGUCUCCUUGUUUCCGCGACUACUGGCUACAGGAACGCUUCCACGACCCCCAAAACGACGACGUUGACGAUCUUCUCUUCCCCGACGACCUCGAUGACAUCUUUGACCAAUUCGAUGACGGUUUCGUCGAUCCUAUACCAGAGGAAAAGGAGGGAGAUAAUCAAAGGAAGUUAGUACCAGUUGGAGUAUUUAAGUGGAUGAAGGACCAAGUUGUGACUGAGCAGCCUAGGUUUGUUGAGAAAGCACCCAAGAUUGUGAAUGUGAAAAUGGUUCCACGGAACAUUCACCAACCAAGGUAAAUCAACUCGUGCUGAGUUGAGAUGGGAGGCUCGCCGGGCCUGCAACGGCCAUUUUCAAGCCUUUUUUUUAACCGAUUUCUCUUUUCUUCUUUCCAGUUUGUAGUAUUCUAUGUACAGAGAUCUGUAAAUUUUUAAUUAUGUAAUAAACGAAAUUAACUUCA